UUACAUUACUCAAAUUUCCUUCAUUUACGUGUUUAUUCAUCGUCUCCUUUUAACACAAGCUCUCUCUCUCUUCUCUCUCCCCUCUCUCUCUGGUUAGAUCUUGUAAUUCAAGCUAGAAAGUGAUUGUGAUUCCGAGAAAAUGGCUCCAACUCUGAGCUCUGCUGAUGCUGAGAAGAUUUCCACGCUUAAAUCUGAUGUCGCCACCCUCGAUCAGAUCAGUGAAAAUGAGAAAUCUGGAUUUAUCAAUCUGGUGGCUCGCUACCUAAGUGGUGAAGCUCAACAUAUAGAGUGGAGUAAGAUCCAGACACCAACUGACGAGGUGGUGGUGCCGUACGAUACCUUAGCCCCUGUUCCUGAAGAUGCUGCAGAGACCAAGAAGCUUCUGGACAAACUUGUGGUGUUAAAGCUCAAUGGAGGCUUGGGAACUACAAUGGGAUGUACUGGUCCAAAGUCGGUUAUCGAAGUUCGCAAUGGCUUGACAUUUCUGGAUUUAAUAGUCAUCCAAAUUGAGACACUGAAUGCCAAAUACGGGUGCAAUGUUCCCCUGCUAUUAAUGAACUCAUUCAACACUCACGAUGAUACAUUGAAGAUUGUUGAGAAGUAUGCCAACUCAAAGAUCGACAUUCAUACAUUUAACCAGAGCCAAUAUCCUCGUCUGGUUGUUGAAGAUUUCAAACCACUUUCUUCCAAAGGAAAUACUACCAAGGAGGCAUGGUACCCUCCUGGUCACGGAGAUGUCUUUCCUGCUUUUAAGAACAGCGGGAAGCUUGAUGCAUUGUUAUCACAGGGCAAGGAAUAUGUCUUUGUUGCCAACUCGGAUAAUUUGGGUGCCGUUGUUGACUUGAAAAUCCUAAGUCAUUUGAUCACAAAUAAGAAUGAGUAUUGCAUGGAGGUUACACCUAAAACACUAGCUGAUGUGAAAGGUGGUACUCUAAUCUCUUACGAAGGAAAAGUACAGCUACUGGAAAUAGCGCAAGUUGCUGAUGAACAUGUCAAUGAAUUUAAGUCAAUAGAGAAGUUCAAAAUUUUCAACACCAACAACCUGUGGGUCAACUUGCAGGCGAUCAACAGACUUGUUGAAGGAGAUGCACUGAAGAUGGAAAUUAUUCCCAACCCAAAGGAAGUUGACGGGAUCAAAGUUCUUCAACUUGAAACUGCCGCAGGUGCUGCAAUAAGGUUUUUUGAUCAUGCUAUUGGAAUUAACGUUCCGCGAUCCCGUUUCCUUCCCGUGAAGGCAUCUUCCGAUUUGCUCCUAGUCCAAUCUGAUCUGUACACCCUGUCUGAUGGCUUUGUGACCCGAAAUCCAGCUAGGGCUAAUCCUGCCAAUCCUUCCAUCGAAUUGGGACCCGAGUUUAAGAAGGUUGCCAGCUUCUUAAGCCGGUUCAAGUCUAUCCCCAGCAUCAUUGACCUGGAUAGUUUGAAGGUGACAGGUGACGUUUGGUUUGGAGCUAGCAUUACUCUAAAGGGUAAAGUUACUAUCACUGCGAAACCUGGUGUCAAGCUAGAAAUCCCUGAUGGAGCAGUGAUUGCUGACAAGGAAAUCAACGGUCCUGAAGAUAUAUAAUGAAUAUAUACGAUGAGAGAGCUACGACUACCUCUCCUGUCGAAACGAGAGCUUCUCAAAUAUAAUGAAUUACUCUUUUUUUUGGUUGAAAUAUGUUAGUUUUGAACAUGAGAAAAAUAAAUGGGAUUUCGGUUUUAUGUAUUUCCGCUACAUAAUCGCCACUACAAGUGGCGAGUUAAUAGUAUAAAGGUGACGCUGCCUUGUUCUAACGAAACCUUAUAACGUGUCAAAUUUACUCACAUCAUAUAUUUGACGGUGUUAAAAUUUUAUAAGGUUUCUUGAUA